CUUCCUUGGGGAAAUUGCUAUUCUUGUGGUUAUAUUGUCAGUAUAACUCAGGGAUGUAUGUCCUCCAAGAGGCUUUAACUGUCCAGAGCUGCCUUGGCUCAAAUGUACCAGCUGCCAGGGACGCCUUUUUGGACUAAUCCUUGCCUAAGCUGUCACACAGCUCCAUGUCACAUGUCCUCCAGCCCUUGCUCUGCUGAACAAGGCCCUGGUACCCACACUGUGGCCUCCCUUCCAUUUCCACCUCCAGCUGAGUGCAGAGGAAAGGAACAUGGAGCAUUCAGGCUUGUGGCCACAGGCAUUUGUCAAACAGAUGAACACCUCCUGCAAGGCUGCUUCCCCAAUGCAGAAUUCCCAGUUAUCCCUGGCCAUGAAGGAGCUGGAAUUGUGGAAAGCAUUGGAGAAGGAGUGACCUCUAUGAAACCAGGUGACAAAGUCAUCCCCCUUUGCCACCCACAGUGUGGCGAAUGCAGCUUCUGCAGGAAUCCUGAAACCAACUACUGCCAGAAGUCCCAUUUCUCUGAACCUCAAAACCUGCUGCCAGACAAGACCAGCAGAUUCACUUGCAAAGGGAAACAGAUCAACCACUUCCUGUGGGUCAGCACCUUUGCAGAAUACUCUGUGGUCCCAGAGCAUGCCGUUGCCAAGAUAGAUGCUGCGGCACCUCUGGACAAAGUCUGCUUGUUUGGCUGUGGGUUUUCCACAGGCUAUGGGGCUGCCAUCAACACAGCCAAGGUGAAAGCAGGCUCCACCUGUGCCAUCUUCGGCCUGGGAGGAGUUGGCCUCUCUGUUGUCAUGGGCUGCAAGGCAGCUGGAGCUGCCCGCAUCAUUGCCGUGGACAUCAACAAGGACAAGUUUGCCAAGGCCAAGGAGCUGGGAGCCACUGACUGCAUCAACCCUCGAGACUUCAAGAAGCCCAUCCAGGAGGUGAUCACUGAGAUGACUGGGCAGGGCGUGGACUACUCCUUUGAGGCCAUCGGGCACGCGGACACCAUGAUUGCUGCCUUGGCUUCCUGCAAUAUGAACACUGGCGUCUGUGUCAUGAUUGGGGAACUGGAUUCUGGUACAGACAUUUCCAUCAAUCCCACGCUUCUGCUGACUGGCCGCACCUGGACAGGGACUCUGCUUGGAGGCUGGAAGAUGAGAGACGCCAUCCCCAAAUUAAUUUCCAGCUAUUUGGAGAAGAAAUUCAAUUCAGACUUGCUGAUCACACACACACUGCCAUUUGCUAAAGUGAACGAGGGAUUUGAGUUGUUACGUGCAGGAAAAAGUAUCCGCAGUAUCCUGCUCUUCUGAAGGACUCAGCCAGGGAAGCCGAGCAGAGGGACCUGCACAGCAGAUACUCGUGGGCUUUCCUGCACUUUCCUGCACUUUCCUCAAGCAGCACCUCACCUUGAGGGGCACAAGGAGAGGAGAAUGAGGAUCUCACCUGUGCUGCUGUCACUGCUGUUCUUCCUGUGCUUGGACAGGACAUAGAAGGAUAUACGCUUUUACUAAUAAAGGGCAUCUGUCAAACUCG